AAUCAGCAGAGUGUCGUCGUCUCUGCAACAGUAGACAGUGUCGUAUGCGCAUAAAAAACUCCGUUGCGGACAUUUUGGAUUCAUAUUUAUAUAUUUGGGGUUUGGCUCUACCCCUACUACUCCCAUAAGCCACCGAAAGUGUUCUUAGGUUUUUUUUUUGACCAGCCGAGAGAUCUCUUUCAUUUUCAAUGGCCUCCUCUUCUCUCCUCAGAUCCGCCGCCGCCUCGGUCACUACCCCUCGUGCUGACCUUUUCUCGUAUGACCACUCUAAGGUUUCCGCAAGCCUUGGAUUCAGUCGCAGCUUCACAUCGUCAAGAUUUUCUGGUGUUGCUGGGCCAUCUUUGUCUCUACAAAAAUGCAAUGCAGGAUUGCAACCCAUCAAGGCCACGGCUACGCAAGCUCCACCUGCAGUUCAAAGGUCAAGUAGCACUGGAAAGACUAAGGUUGGGAUCAACGGUUUUGGUCGGAUUGGAAGGUUGGUCCUCCGCAUUGCAACAUCCAGGGAUGAUAUUGACGUUGUGGCAGUCAAUGAUCCAUUCAUUGAUGCCAAGUACAUGGCUUACAUGUUGAAGUACGAUUCUACUCAUGGGAAUUUCAAGGGAACCAUCAAUGUCAUUGAUGAAUCUACCUUGGAGAUCAAUGGGAAGAAGGUCAAUGUUGUCAGCAAGAGAGAUCCAGCUGAGAUCCCUUGGGCUGAUCUUGGAGCUGACUAUGUUGUUGAGUCUUCAGGUGUAUUCACCACCCUGUCAAAGGCUGCAUCCCAUCUGAAGGGUGGUGCAAAGAAAGUAAUCAUUUCUGCCCCUUCAGCUGAUGCACCCAUGUUUGUUGUUGGAGUUAAUGAGAAAACAUACCAACCAAACAUGGAUAUAGUCUCCAAUGCAAGUUGUACCACCAAUUGUCUUGCACCUCUUGCUAAGGUGGUGCAUGAGGAAUUUGGUAUUCUUGAAGGCUUGAUGACAACUGUCCACGCCACCACUGCUACUCAGAAAACUGUUGAUGGGCCAUCAAUGAAGGACUGGAGAGGAGGCCGGGGAGCUAGUCAAAACAUCAUUCCUAGCUCUACCGGUGCUGCAAAGGCUGUAGGUAAAGUUCUGCCAGAACUGAACGGGAAACUUACUGGAAUGGCAUUCCGUGUACCAACACCAAACGUUUCCGUUGUGGAUUUAACUUGUCGACUUGAGAAAGGUGCAUCUUACGAAGAUGUUAAAGCCGCCAUUAAGUUUGCUUCAGAAGGGCCUCUAAAAGGCAUUCUCGGGUAUACCGAUGAAGAUGUAGUCUCCAAUGACUUCGUGGGUGAUUCAAGGUCAAGUAUCUUUGACGCCAAUGCCGGGAUUGGAUUGAGCAAGUCCUUUGUGAAACUUGUCUCUUGGUACGACAACGAAUGGGGUUACAGCAACCGAGUGCUUGACCUUAUAGAGCACAUGGCUAUGGUAGCAGCCAGCCGCUAAGCAAGCUGCACAUGCACACACACGGGUCCUUGCAUAAGCUUUGAGACUUUCUACUUCUUUUGUAAUCUUCUACAAGGCGGUUUGGAUUUGUUUGGUUCUAUUAGGUGCUAGAUCUUCUAAGGGUUUGAUUUGGUUACUAGGAGCAUUCCUUCUUCUUUUUUGUUCUGUUUCAGUAUCUGCAACCACGAAAAAAACAUAGAUUUGGUGUAUUAGACUACCGUUAUUUUAUCAAUAAGCAACAAUUCUUUGCGAGCUUC